AUGAAGCCGAGUCUUUCUUCCGUUUUUGCGGGCGUAUUUCUUUCCGGGGCUAUCGCGCUUAAGCCAAAGGCUCUUCUUUCGGACUCCAUUCAACUUACCCAAGAAGAUAUCGGGGACUUCUCUGCCAUAGAUUUUGGUGAUGAGACUACAGCCUCACUGGAGGACAGCAGCGUCGACGGCUGCAAAGUCUUCCCGGGUGAUAGCGACUGGCCAACUGUCGAAGAGUGGGCUCAGUUGAAUGGGACCCUUGAGGGUGCUCUUCUGAAACCAAUACCUGCAGCUGCUGCUUGCUACAAAGGAGAUAACUAUGAUUCGGAAAGGUGCACGUAUUUAUUUACGAAUACGUCCCUUUCGCACUUCUGGAUUGACGAGCCACUUGUUUCGUUGACAGAAUGGUCGCAAGGUGGUACUUGUGCGCUCGCCAUGGACCCUCAGGGGAACUGUACGCGUGGAGGAUUCCCCGAAUACGUUGUUAACGCCACGAGCGUGAAGCAGAUCCAAGCAGCAGUCAACUUUGCUAGGAACAAGCGCAUCCGGCUAGUAAUUAAAAAUACGGGACAUGAUUUUGGUGGCAGAUCAGUAGGAGCAGGAUCCCUCAGUAUCUGGACACAUCAUCUGAAGGCUAUGGAAUUUAUCCCUUCGUAUGAGCUUGGGCCUUAUCAAGGGAAGGCUGCUCAGUUCGGAGCCGGUGUUGAGUCGUGGGAGGAACGCAACUUCAUGGCGGCCCACAACAUAACUGUAGUCGCGCCCGGUUGGGUUACGGUGGGAGGGGUCGGCGGCUGGAUGAGCUCGGGGGGUCACACGACGAUUACCUCGACAUUUGGUCUGGGAGCGGACCAAGUGCUUUCUCUUGGUGUUGUAACUGCUUCCGGCCAGUUCGUAACAGCUGAUCCGUAUACUAACCCCGAUCUUUUCUUCGCAUUACGCGGCGGUGGUGGAGGAACUUAUGGGGUGGUGACUUCGGCUAUCUUAAAAGCGCAUCCACCAGUUAACGUAACGUCAACGUCGUUAAGUCUCACUCUUUUAGAACCAAGGAAUACGACAUCCCCGAUCACCGGCGUAGUUACUGACGCCGAGAAGUUCUGGCAGGCGGUUAGUGCUUACUAUAGAUUCGCCUCCAAGAUAUUGGAUGCCGGUGGUUACUGUUUCAGCUACAUCUACCCCCAGAUGAAUAACAGUUACAGUUUUGUAACCAGCUCGGAUUUCACAAACACCACGGGAGCGGCAGUUUACAAGUUCAUGCAGCCAUUAUACGAUGACUUACACGGUCUUGGUAUCAACAUCACUAACCCAGCGCUCCUCUUCACCAAUCUCUACGGACUACCCAGUUUAGGAAUCGGGUCCCCGCCAGGCAACACCAGAUACAGGUCCCGACUACUUCCGCGCGAGAACUGGGAAAACGACGAACUAUGGAACAAGACGAUGAAAGCGAUACGAACGGCCACGGAAGGAGGCUACGAGCGAGGCUACUACUUCCACGGAACGAUGACCUCGCCGACGGAAGAAGUGGCAGGGUGGCCCGGUGCCGAGAGCUCAGUCAACCCGGCGUGGCGCAAUAACCGCAUGCACGCGAUGCUGAUGGACCAGACGCCGGACCAGUCGACGGAGCGCGACACGAUGAUGCAGGGGUACAUGGACCUGCUGCGCGAGGUAUCGCCGGAUGCCGGGUCGUACAUGAACGAAGGAGACCCGGGCGAGCCGAACUGGCAGCAGGCGUUCUACGGAACCCACUACGAGCGCCUGCUGCAGAUCAAGCAGCAGACCGACCCGUGGGGUUUGUUCUGGGCGCCGACGACGGUCGGGAGCGAGGGUUGGGCGGUCCAGUCCGUGGGAUAUCCCGGGUCGCAGAAUGGGAAGUUGUGUCGCGUUGAGCAGGUUGGGGGUGGAAAGGAAUCAUGA